UGGUGGAUAAAAAAUGGUUCACCAAUUGUUCAAAUUCGCCUUGUUAAACGGUCGCGAGAAAUUUUGGCCACCGCGAUUGCCAGAUUUAUCGACGCGCGAUUUUUCUAGCCGAAACCCGAAGUUUUCGAUACAGUAAGCGCAACUGCCGCGACCGCACUGAAACCGGCGAGGCGGGGUGGCGCACGAAACGCUUAAUGAUUGGAAAUCGGCCAUCAAACGUCAUUUUCGGUUUUAAUUGUUUAUUAUUAUAUGGAAGUCGAUAGUUAUUGCGGACCAGCGUUCGUGAUCUAAACUGAUCGUUAAUUUUUUCUGCAUUACAUUUUUUAAAUUUUUGAUUGAGUUGGUAUAAUUUGAUUCGAAUUAUGCGGAAAUUUUUCCCUAUGGGCCCACCCAGUCUGGAUCUAUCCCAAAAGCGACGGCAAAAAAAAAAUGAAAAGCAUGUUAACCGUAAGUCGUUACUUUCUCAAAGCGGACUCUGAUUCUGAUAGUGGGGAAUGCCCGUCGAAAAAGGAAGAAAAACCGAUCGCACAAUGCGAAAAACAAUUAAAGAAAAGGCGAAAACGGAAAAAAAAAAUAAUCGCCGAUCUCGACGUGGAAGAGACGGAAAGAAAACCGGCAAAAAGCGACAAAAAUGAGAGCGAAGAAGACAAGGGGGGAAACGAAACAGAAGAAGAGGAGAAAAAAAUUAAAAUCGAGCAAUUGGAUGACCGACGAACUCGCAUAGAAAAGCCGAUGGAUUUCGGGUCGCCCACCGAUCGUUUUUGGGCCGUCAAGAAGGAGUUUUUGGUGCCCAUUUGGGUACCUCCAAAGUCCCCCCACAAUUUACUCGAAGAAGAUCUGUACUACGACCCGUGGGCCUUGUUGGUGGCUACGAUUUUUUUAAACAAGACCUCGUGCAAAUCGGCAAGGCCGUACGUGUUCUGGUUCUUGGAGGAGAACCAGGACGCGUUGGCGGUUUUGGAGAAAAAACCAGGAGAUUUGGAGAAGUAUUUCGCGAAGUUGGGACUGCAGAAGACGAGAUCCGUACAGGUGUGGAGGAUGUCUUACGAUUUCGUUUAUAAGCAGUGGCGGAGGGUGAAGGAUUUGUACGGGGUAGGGCGGUACGGGGAAGACGCGUUCCGGAUGUUUUGUUUGGGGGACUUUAGCGUCGAACCCAAGGAUAGGUUUUUGAAGAUAUACAAGGCGUGGUACGAAUUGAAGGAGAGGGAAGACGUGGCGAAAGAGAUGGCCGGUCGCUGAGGCGAGGAAGUCUGUGAUACGAGUUUAUUUGA